AUGGCUUGGAUGACUUACAUUUCAAAUUGGUUUGAGCAAGAUGAUUGGUAUGAAGGACUACAAAGAGCAAACAUGUCCCAGGUAAGGCAAGUGGGACUGCUGGCUGCCGGGUGCCAGCCAUGGAACAAAGAUGUGUGUGCUGCCCACGGAGACAGGUUUGCAUAUUGUGCUACCCUGGCCAUCUACGUUUAUCAGUUGGAUCACCGUUAUAAUGAAUUCAAACUUCAUGCAAUUAUGUCUGAACAUAAAAAAACUAUCACAGCUAUCUCUUGGUGUCCACAUAACCCUGAUCUGUUUGCAAGUGGCAGUACCGAUAACUUAGUGAUCAUUUGGAAUGUUGCAGAACGAAAAGUCGUUGUUAAGCUCGACAAUACAAAAGGGAUGCCGGCCUCUCUUAGCUGGUGCUGGAAUGCAGACGAUGCUGUGGCAUUUGCUUCCCACAGAGGCCCGCUGUUCAUUUGGACCAUCUCAGGACCAGAGAGUGGAGUGACUGUACACAGAGAAGCUCAUAGCUUCUUGUCUGACAUCUGUCUAUUCAGAUGGCACACCCAAAAAAGGGGGAAAGUUGCAUUUGGUCAUAUCGAUGGAAGUCUCUCAAUUUUUCAACCAGGUAAUAAAAGUCAGAAACAUGUUCUGAGACCUGAAUCUCUUGAAGGGACAGAUGAAGAAGAUCCAGUUACAGCCUUGGAAUGGGACCCACUGUCUACUGAUUAUCUGCUUGUGGCUAAUUUGCAUUAUGGAAUUCGCCUCGUUGAUUCGGAAUCACUUCAUUGCAUAACAACGUUUAAUUUCCCCAGUGCAGCAGCUUCUGUGCAAUGCUUGGCCUGGGUUCCCAGUGCUCCUGGGAUGUUUGUGACUGGAGAUUCUCAAGUGGGUGUUUUGCGCAUUUGGAAUGUUUCAAGAACAACACCUAUUGAUAAUUUUAAAUUAAAGAAAACAGGGUUUCACUGCUUACAUGUACUUAAUUCUCCUCCUAGAAAAAAAUUUUCAGUCCAGUCUCCAACCAAAAAUCAUUAUAUGUCCUCAACGAGUGAAGCAGUUGCAGCCCGAACUUUGACGCAGAAUCAAGCCUUUUCUCUUCCUCCUGGUCAUGCCGUGUGCUGUUUCUUGGAUGGGGGAGUUGGCCUUUAUGACAUGGGAGCCAGGAAGUGGGAUUUUCUUCGGGACUUGGGACAUGUGGAAACUAUCUUUGACUGCAAAUUCAAACCUGAUGAUCCCAAUCUUUUAGCAACAGCUUCAUUCGAUGGCACUAUAAAAGUCUGGGAUAUAAACACAUUAACAGCAGUGUACACUUCCCCGGGUAAUGAAGGGGUUAUUUAUUCCCUUUCAUGGGCUCCAGGUGAUUUAAAUUGUAUUGCCGGAGCAACUUCCCGAAAUGGUGCUUUUAUUUGGGAUGUUAAAAAGGGCAAAAUGGUACAACGGUUUAAUGAGCACGGAAAAAAUGGAAUAUUCUGCAUUGCCUGGAGUCAUAAAGAUUCCAAAAGAAUAGCAACCUGCAGUGGUGACGGUUUCUGUAUUAUUCGAACGAUUGAUGGUAAAGUGCUCCACAAAUACAAACACCCAGCUGCCGUGUUUGGGUGUGAUUGGAGCCAAAACAACAAAGACAUGAUAGCCACUGGCUGUGAAGACAAAAAUGUUCGUGUCUAUUAUGUAGCCACCAGCUCUGAUCAACCAUUGAAAGUGUUCAGUGGGCAUAUGGCAAAAGUGUUCCAUGUUAGAUGGUCUCCUCUGAGGGAGGGAAUUCUCUGCAGUGGUUCUGAUGAUGGUUCUGUGCGAAUCUGGGACUAUACUCAAGACGCUUGCAUAAACGUUCUUAGUGGCCACACUGCACCGGUGAGGGGCUUGGUGUGGAAUACGGAGAUCCCCUAUCUGCUGAUAUCUGGCAGCUGGGACUAUACCAUCAAAGUAUGGGACACUCGAGAAGGAACUUGUUUGGAUACUGUGUACGACCACGGUGCAGAUGUAUAUGGUUUAACCUGCCACCCAAGCCGCCCCUUCACCAUGGCCUCUUGCUCCCGGGACUCUACAGUGAGACUCUGGUCAUUAACACCUCUAAUCACGCCUUUACAAAUAAAUAUUCUGGCAGACAGAUCUUGGGAAGAAAUUAUCGGGAACACUGAUUAUGCUGUAGAGCAAGGCGCUCCUCCUCUUUUGUGUGGUAAAGUGUCAAGAGAUAUUAAACAGGAAAUAGAGAAACUAACUGGUAAUCCUCGAGUGGAAAAGCUAAGAUGGUUUUCAGAGUGUUUAUCACCUCCAGGUGGCAGUGACAACUUAUGGAAUUUAGUUGCUGUGAUAAAAGGGCAAGAUGAUAGCUUACUUCCGCAGAACUACCGUAAAGGAAUAAUGCAUCUGAAACAUCUGAUUCAAUUUAGAACGUCUGAAGCCCAAGAACUAACAACAGUCAAGAUGUCUAAAUUUGGUGGUGGUAUUGGUGUGCCUACUAAAGAGCAGAGGCUGAAGGCAGCUGCUGAGAUACACUUGAGAUUAGGACAAAUUCAGAGAUAUUGUGAACUCAUGGUUGAACUUGGAGAGUGGGACAAAGCCUUAUCCAUUGCACCAGGGGUCUCUGUGAAAUACUGGAAGAAGUUAAUGCAGAGGAGAGCUGAUCAGUUAAUCCAGGAAGAUAAGGAUGAUGUCAUUCCAUACUGCGUAGCCACUGGUGAUGUGAAGAAAUUAGUCAAUUUUUUUAUGUCAAGAGGUCAGCUUAAAGAAGCUCUGCUGGUUGCACAGGCUGCUUGUGAGGGAAAUAUGCAAACCUUACAUGUUUCUACACCUAAAGGGUCUUCAUAUUCUGAUGAUAUCUACAAGGAAGACUUUGAUGACCUCCUGCACAAAGUCAGCAAAGAACUGGCAGAAUGGUAUUUUCAGGAUGGACGAGCAGUCCUAGCGGCAUGCUGCCACCUCGCUGUAGAUGAUAUUGAGCUUGCUAUGGCGUACCUGAUUCGUGGGAAUGAGCUGGAGUUGGCCGUCUGUGUGGGCACAGUCCUGGGAGAGGCUGCGGCACCGGCAACCCACUACGCCCUAGAAUUAUUGGCGAGAAAAUGCAUGAUGAUUUCAACAUGCUUCCCAUCUGUUGGAUACAGGUAUUAUAUUUUUUCCUCGUUGACGUUUCCCCUUUGUUAUGUGAAUAGGAAUUUGGCAGCCGAUCUUCUCCUGCUGACUCCUGAUAAUGAACUACAGUUGGUAAAACUCUGUGCUUUCUACCCAGGGUGUACUGAAGAGAUAAAUGAUCUUCACGAGAAGUGCAAGCUACCCCCAGUGGAGGAAUGUGUGCAGUUAGCUGAGACAGCCCAUACAGAAGGCAAUCUAUUUGAAACUGUAAAGUAUUACUUGUUAAGUCAAGAACCUGAAAAAGCCCUUCCUAUUGGUAUUGACUUCAUCAAAGAAUGCAUCAAGAGUUCAGAUUGGACUUUGGAUACCAUUUACCCUGUUCUUGACUUACUGAGUUAUAUUCCUACUGAAAAAUUAGUCUUGCAUACGUGUACAGAAUCUCGAAAUGAAUUGCUCAUAUUAUGUGGUUAUGUUGGUGCAUUAUUGGCUAUCCAAAGACAGUACCAAAGCAUCAUUCCAGCACUUUAUGAGUACACAAGUCAGCUAUUAAAACGUCGGGAGGUGUCAGUGCCUUUAAAAAUUGAACACCUUUCUGAGGAACUGGAUGCAUGGAGAGCUUGCACGCAGUCCAUCAACCGAUCAUCAGAAGAAUCUCCAUAUACAACCCCUUCUGAUUCACAAAGAAUGAUUUAUGCAGCUUUACUAAAGAGACUAAAAGAAGAACCACUCAAAGGAAUUAUUGGACCAGAUUAUGUGACUGGAUCAAAUCUCCCCGGUCAUUCUGAUAUUCACAUCUCUUGUCUUACGGGAUUAAAAAUACAGGGCCCUGUAUUUCUCCUUGAAGACGGGAAGUCUGCUAUCUCAUUGAAUGAUGCUCUGAUGUGGGCAAAGGUGAAUCCAUUCUCACCGUUAGGGACCGGAAUACGACUCAACCCAUUCUGACAGAAGGUUCUUCUCCAUGUUUCAUUGUUUU